AUGAAGGGUAAACAUCCGGGCAGUAUAAUGUACGCGGUCUUCUUAAAACUGAUGGCCCUGAAUCAACUCUACAGAGCCACCGUGAUUCUUCAGAGGCUCUUCAGGUGCUCCUCCGUCAUUCGGUCAGCAGUCUCGGUCCAUUUGUGGAGGAACAUUGGUGUCACAGCAGUGGCAUUUAAUAAGGAACUUGAUCCUGUACAGAAACUGGACAAGAUUAGAGAAUACAAAUCUAGACGACAGACAACUGGAGCACCUGUUGGUACUGGCCCGGAAUAUAAGCAAGAUCUGGAGAGGGAGCAUUUUAAGCUGAAGCAGAUGUAUGGGAAAGCAGACGUGAACACGUUCCCUAGCUUCAAGUUUGAAGAUCCCAGAUUUGAAAUCGAUGAAUCCCCGUCCUGAAGGAGUAAAGUAACAUGAAUCCAGUAAUUUGUGAUGAGUCAGUGGUACAACUACAGAAGUAUCCGAAUAAAUAUCUAUUUCACAGCUGUCAAAUGUUCUUUUAAUUCUGAUUCCAAAUAAAUUAUUUGGUGAUGUUGAA